CUGGUCUUUGGGUCUCUUUCUGCACUAUGUUCAUUACACAGUUUGCAUGUAGCUUUGGAGGUGGUUGCUACUAUUCGUUCGUGUUGUUAUAAUCCGUAGCUUUUGAAAAUCCUUCAGUGAGUAAAUAAUUAUUAUGUCCCUAUAUCUUCAAAAGGGCUCGCUAUUGGGUAGGGCAUUACAGAGAGCCGGUAUUACAGCUAAUUGCAGUGUUGUCCACCAGAAACAACAAAUCCAGACUCGCCGAAAUUAUGAAACCUUAUCAGUUAAGCCGGUGGGUCAGCACGUUUCCCAUGUUGAGAUUAACCGACCUGACAAAUUGAAUGCGAUGAACUCUGUAUUUUGGAGGGAGAUGCGUGAGUGUUUCGCAGAACUUAAUGAUGAGUCAAGGUGUAGGGCUAUCGUGUUAAGUGGGGCCGGCAAGAUGUUCACCGCAGGACUUGAUUUUUCUGACAUGGGGAAACUAAUGGAAGUUUUACAAGGUGACGACGACGUGGCCAGAAGGUUUAAAAAGAUGUUGGACUUUGUGAGACCGUAUCAAGAAUCAUUCACCGCGUUGGAGAAGUGUACAAAGCCUGUGAUAGCUGCUGUGCAUAAUGCCUGCAUUGGCGGUGGCGUGGAUCUCAUCACAGCCGCAGACAUUCGAUAUUGUACGCAGGAUGCAUGGUUUCAAGUGAAAGAAGUUGACAUUGGCAUGGCUGCUGAUGUAGGAACAUUGCAGAGACUCCCAAAGGUUGUCGGAAAUGAUAGCCUGGUGCGUGAAUUGUGCUAUUCGGCUAGAAAAAUGAUGGCAGACGAAGCAGUGACUUGUGGUUUGGUUAGCAGAGUGUUUCCAGACAAAACAAGUAUGAUUGAUGCUGCGCUUCAGAUGGCUGCCACUAUAGGGACCAAGUCGCCCGUAGCGGUGCAAGGUACCAAAGUGCAUCUCAUAUAUUCGAGAGAUCACUCGGUAGCCGAAGGUCUCCAGUACCAAGCCAUCUGGAAUGCGGCCAUGCUCCAAAGUGAAGACCUCAUGAAAGCUGCCAUGGCACAAAUGAACAAAGCUGCAGCAGAAUUUAAGGAUUUUUGAAUCACACAAAAUUACUCUUGACAAAACUUGUAUAUUUUUAUGACUGAUUCAAUGACGCGUCUAAUUGUUCUCUGCGUUAUCGAUCGUGUUGCAUUGCAUUCGACAAUAUAUAAAGACAUUUAUCAUCACAGAAUGAA